UCUCUUUUUUCUCAUACUGUCAAUAUUAUCUUAUGAUCAUCACAUGAUUUAUUCCAUUUAUUUAAUUAUUCUCACUUUAUUAUUUAAUAUUUAGUAUAUUUGUGAAAUCUAUUUUUGAUAAAGUCUAUUUUUUUGAUUACGAUUAUGUGUGUUAUUUUUGGUACGCAUAUAUUUUUCAAAAUGAAAACAGUGUUGCAUUUCUAACCUCAAAGUGUCAUUUAUAAUAUAAAAAUGUACGGCGCUUAUUAUUGGCACCAUUAUUGAAUAUAACAUUUGCUAAUAAAAAUUAGUUCACAAUUGGAUAUAAAUGAAAGAUUUACGCAUUUUAUCUUUAUGAUAUUAUGCAUAUUAAACGGAUAUCAAUAAUUAGGAUGACGUUUUAAAGAAAAAAGUUGAAAAGUCAUAAUUUAUGUGACCAGAGCACAUAUCAACAACAAUUUAUCUUCCAUUUACAGAUAUUUUCUCCCUCGGGUGGUUCACGAACUCUAUUCUUGGUUUUAAUUUUUGAUUACAAAGUUGUUGAAUAUAUUAACUAUCAUGUUUCUCAGUUCAGCAAUGUAAGCAGUUUCUUGUCAAGUUGUGUCAAACUCGGCAAACUAUUCACAGCUGCUGUACAAAACUUUUCCUGUGAAGAUUCGCUAUAAUCUAAUUGUAUUAAUUGUGAAAAUUGACAAAUUUUAUUUACUUUACCAUAAAAGAAGAAACUGAUAAUAAGAAGAAUUUCACUUCAUAAAAAUAGAUUUACAAAAUGCACUGAACUGAAUUACAUUUUUUCACAAAAAUGGUAAGCAAAUUGCCUCAAGAAUUUCGAAGAUAUCAACGAAAUCGAAAUCAACUUCGUCAUAUUCUUAAGGAAACUCAACGUGUUCUAGAUAUAAUCAGCCUUGAAAAUAUUUUUCCAGGAGAAAAUAUCAUUGAUGAAUUAUUGCCAGCGUGGACUCUUAACAAAAUCACCCACAUUCUUGAAAAUGCACCGGCCAUCGUAAUUUUUGGUCAGAAUUCUAAAGCAAAAGCUUCUCUAGUCAAUUGUAUUCUUGGUACGGAUAUUUUGCCGAUAGUCACCGGAUCAUGGCGAUGGAUAAAAUUAGGUUACGGUCAGACGACUCACGUCAGUUUAACACUUGGCCUGGAAUACGAAGUAGUCGAAAAUCUUCAAGCCAAUGAGAAAGCAUGGAAUACACUUCCUGUCGAGGACCUCAAUGAAUCCGGUAGUCAAGAUCCAAAUUGCCCAACAGUUCUCGAAGUGAAAGUGAAUCAACCAAAUUUAAAGGAUGGAGUGGAAAUAUUUAUUGUCCCCGACAGUGGCGGUGUUAAAGUUCUCGCGAAAAGAAGCCUUAAUAUUUUACCAAUUUUCCUCUACGCCCUCGGUGAAGAAGCACUCACCGAGGAGAAUAUGCAAGAAUUGAGUGAAUUAAAGGAAACUUAUCCCUACAAUUCCGUCUUGUUUAUCUCGUCCUUAUCGCGCAUCACGACCGAUGGUUUCGAUGCGGAACUCACCGAGUCGGAGCAACACAGACUUCACGUUGAGUCGAGUGAUUCGUUUAAUACACAAAAGGAGGAGAAUAAUUCCCAAAUCGAUAGAAUUAAUUCUCUUGGUCUGAUUUGGUUGGAGCAACUCACGAGCUUGGGUUUUUUGAGAUUACAAGAGUCGGACGAGGUGGAUCGAGCGACUUGGCUGGUGGGUGGAGAGUACGCUAAUACAAGUCGACUGAUGACCUCCUGCAAACGAAUAGAACAAAUUAGUUUCUUCAUACGGGCUAGUCUCCAAAGUUAUCUAGUGAAUACUUGCAAUUAUUUGAAUGAAGUGCACACGACGAGUCUUAGAAAGUUUAUUCUCAUUGCCUUUGACAUGGCGAGGGAGAUUCAAAUCACACCGAAGAGAAUUCUCUACGCUCAGCAGAAGGAGAAUGAAUUGUACGCUUCGCUUGUCAAGGUUGUGAGUGACAAACAGGUCGAGCUGACGGAAAUGAUUCAUGGAAUAGUUCAGGAAAUGAAGGAUGAAGUGUCGGAUGCGUCGGUGGAGAACUUUCAGUACAAUCCAUCGAUCAGUGAGGCCGAGAGGAAGGAAUGGUCGGCUACUGUUCGGGCAGCAACGACCGAAGUUCAGAGGAUAGUUCUCAGUCGCUUGGGUGAACGGGUUGCGAAAGAACUUGUAAAUUCUGUAAAUUGUCUACGAGAGACGUUUUUUGGUACUCUCGAGAGAUGCUUAUUGAGUCUUGAAAGGAGUUGUGAACAUGAACCAAGUUUGUCGGCGAGUGACGCUCUUCAGCAAAUCCUCUCUGCGGCUUAUAAUCUAGAGCUGCAUAAUUCUUCUCCAUCUCUCAUUCAUUCUUUUCUCGAGAGGUUGGUGCAGCUUUUUAAAACAAUGCCUUUGCUCUGGUCACCGACUCCCACCCUGGAUGCGUUGUGGCGAAAAAAGGUGACGAUCGAUAUUCUUAAUUCUCUCUCCGCGAGUCGAUUGGCCAAAGCGAUCUCGACACAGUUCAAAGAUAAAGUGAAAUCGUCUCACGAUACUUUUCAAACAGCUCUCAAGUCGCUGGAAAAUCAUUAUUCGGGGAAAUUGGAGAGAACUGAGGAACAACGAAUGGCUAUUAGAAAAUAUCACGCUCCAAGAUUGGCAAAGUUGGCGCUGGAAUCGACUUCUAUGAGUGAUAUGGUGAGAUACGGGAUUCCGCAUCAAGGCAAGGAAAUUGGGAGAGGACAGUACGGAGUUGUGUUUGCUUGUGACGGCUGGGGCGGAGCACCCGGACCUUGUGCGGUCAAGUCGGUCGUGCCGCCGGACGAGAAACACUGGAACGAUUUAGCAAUGGAAUUCUAUUACACGCGCUCGAUUCCGGAUCAUAAGCGAAUAGUGAAAUUAAGAGGAUCUGUGAUUGAUCAUUCGUACGGUGGUGGUUGUGGGUUCGGAGCGGCUGUGCUUCUAAUCACCGAUCGAAUGACAAGGGAUCUUUAUUGUGGAAUUCGAGCCGGACUCUCGUGGCUCGAGAGGAUACAGAUCGCCAUCGAUGUUCUGGAGGGAAUUCGAUUUUUACAUUCACAAGGCCUUGUGCAUAGGGAUAUUAAAUUGAAGAACGUCCUUCUCGACACGGACAAUCGAGCGAAACUCACGGACUUGGGUUUUUGCAUCACCGAAGCUAUGAUGUCGGGCAGUGUUGUAGGGACUCCCGUUCACAUGGCACCGGAAUUACUCUCCGGUCAUUACGACAGUAGUGUCGAUGUUUACGCCUUCGGCAUUUUAUUCUGGUACAUUUGCGCCGGCCAUGUUAGAAUACCCUACGCUUUCGAACAAUUUCAUAAUAAGGAGCAACUCUGGAGUAGUGUGAGAAAAGGCAUUCGGCCAGAACGCUUAUCUCAUUUCGACGAUGAGUGCUGGAAACUGAUGGAACAAUGCUGGGCUGGCGAACCUUCUCGACGACCAUUGCUGGGCGCAAUUUUACCGGUCUUAAAGUCAAUUCAACAAAAAGCAGAAAGAGAAAGAAUUGCGGAAAUUCCGACGCACUAUAGACCUCAAAGGUUUAAAAGGCUUGUAUCUGAGGCGUCAUUGUAUUUUCCAUGAUUACCAUUGAAAAAUUAUGGCCAAAAAAAAAGUUUAACUUAUAAGUGCGAGAUUUCUUAUUUGAAUGUAAGUUUUAAAUUUCUUUAUAAUUUAUAAUUCCAAGUCAAAUUUCCAUAUUAUUAAGAAAUUUAAAAAUAUGUAUGUAUACAUAUAUGGUUUUUGAAAUAUUGUUCAUAAUUUAGAUUUUAAGAAAUUAAAAAGGCUGUGUAAAUUGUAGAAUAAUUAUUGAUAAAGUAGAAUUUUUUAAACGAUUCUUAAUACUUAAAACAAUAUAUUAUUAAACUGAAUUAUAGUAUCUCAUUGAACAAAAAAGCUAUUAGUUUACGAAAAGUAUUAGCAUGUAGUCAUGUAGUAUAUUUAGAAAAGAAAGAGUAAAAAUAUUUUUUUAAAUUACCUUUAAGAUUAUACACAUAUUUUAAAGAAUAGGAUUUUUUAUAACUAACGAAGCAUUAUCAUGCAGAAAUUAUUGUAUCAUAUUCUCAAGUCCAUUUGCUUUAAAGUCUGAAUAAGAACUUACUUUUAAUUCGUUUUAUGAACAGAAAAUUAUUAUUUUGUAACAAAAACAAUAUAUUAUUGACAAGAAAUAUUUUCUAAAAAAAAGAGGUACUCAUUUAUCUUUAAUACUCUUAGUUUACUCUAAGUUUACAUAUGUAAAUUUAAUAUGUUCAUAACUCACUUCACUUUUUGAUAACAAUUUCAAUUGCAUUGCAUUAUUUAAUCUAAAUUUAAUGUUUAUAAGUUUUCCCCGUUUUCCCUCCAAGAAUAAAUUUUCUAUUUAGUGUAAUGGUGCUCUCACAACUCUGUCCUCGAGCUGUUUUUUAAAACUUGUCUAAAGGUUCGUUCACAGUUCCGCUGCCAUCUGCUUGUGAGUGUGAGCGAGAAACAUAAUUCGAAAUUCGAAUCCCGGCUUUUCUUCUCGCUUAUACUCAUGAGCCUAGGCAGGCAGCAGAAUUGUGAUCGUACCUUAAAGGCCUAAGCACAGUAGGUUCGCGAAAGUCGUUCGCGAACGCAAAGCAUGAGUUAGAAAAUGACAGAGAUAUAUUUGUGUCCUUGUCUAUCUCAUGCGUAUCGUUCGCGAACGACUUUCGCGAACCUUUUGUGCGUUGGACUUUAAAGGCCUUUCUCCAAUAGGAUCCAAAAACUCUGCGUUUGUCUGCGAAUGACUGCGUUGCGUUGAUUUUAGAGCAUGUGUUGCUAUAGCAACCGACGCAGACACAGAGUUUUGGGAACCUAUUGGAGAAAGGCCUUUAAGAAGCGCAGCCUAACCUAACCUGACUAUAACAUUACCACACUUUCUCAUUGUUGUUCGUUGUUAAAGCAUCAACGUAAACUUUUUGAACAUUAUUUGCAUAAAAUUAACUGAAAAGCAUUGGUUUUUUAAAGAAAACUUAUAGUCCUUAAGUUCGAUGAAUAGAAAUUUAAAAAAAUUUUGAAUUUUUAUAAGCUUUUGAAAAGUUAGAAUUGUACAAAAUGUCUGGUACUAUACAUCGUUAUUUUAAGCACGUGAGAGCCAAAGCGUUUUUAUUGUAAUUAAGCAAAAGGGUAAAUGUAAUGCCAACUGAAGUAUAAGUAUUCUAAUCCCAAUACCAUUUAUUUGGUGAGUGUUCGCAUUUUUCUUAUUAAUAUUUAAGCUGCCAUUAUAAAGCAAGUAAAUAAAUUGAAAAUUGACAGCCAUGUGUUGUCCGAUUUUGAAUACAUUUAA